AGUUACAACCUUGACGCACGUUGGAAUAUGAUGUGACAGACAGCUAGCCAGCGAUUGAAGGAAUACGAUCAAAUCAACGUUACUUGGCAAAUAGUUAAAUUAACACUAUGGCAGAAACAGGGGUUGCUCUUGGCUUUUUGGAGGAGGCCGAACACUGGCUACUACAGAGUCAUCAGUUCCCCAGCAAAGUUGGAGGCAAACCUGCAUGGUUGAGUCAGUUGGACAUCCCAAGUCUUCCUGAGUUAGCAUGUGGAAAAUGCCAACUUCAUACAGCAUUUCUCUUGCAGGUUUACGCUCCAAUAACUGGACAGGAUAUAAGUUUUCACCGAACUCUUUUUGUAUUCUGCUGCAAGACACCAGACUGCUAUUCACGAAACGACAGCCGUUGCCUGAAAGUAUUUCGGAGCCAGUUGCCACGGAAGAACGACUUUUAUCCCUACGAUCCUCCAUCUGAUGAAGACCCCAAUUGGACUGAGCGUGACCCCUGCGUCCACAGUUCAGGGGUUAAACUAUGCAAGCUCUGUGGCUGUCCUGGUCAGAAAGCUUGCUCUAAAUGCCAUGCAGUGUCCUACUGCAGCAAAGAACACCAGACCAUAGACUGGAAACACUGUCACAAGAAAGAGUGUUGCAAACAAGUGCCGUCCAGCGCAGUGCCUUCCCCAUUCCUGUUCCCAGAGUCGGAACUGGUCACAGAGCCUGAGGAACAUCAGAAAGAAGAAUCAAGUGAAACAGUCGGGGACGCACAGAAUAACGUGGAAUGCUCCUCCUCAGUUGACGAUUUGGCAGAGACAGAACUUGAAGACAUGGCCAUGCAUGAAACCGAAGAUAGCAAAGUGUUCCAGAAGUUUAAACAGAGGAUUGCGUCAGAGCCACAUCAGGUUUUGCGAUACUGUAGAGGUGGCUCUCCUCUUUGGGUUUCGUCUGAACAUGUUCCUGUGGAGAAGGACAUCCCACAUUGUUCAUGUGGUUCCAGGCGUAUCUUCGAAUUUCAGGUCAUGCCCCAGCUACUGAAUGACCUAAAAGUAGACAGCCCUGAUGCCAGUAUAGACUGGGGAACCUUGGCUGUCUACACAUGUGCUGACAGCUGUGACCAAGGCAACAAGUACUCUUCCGAAUUCAUCUGGAAACAAGAUUUCACAGAACAGAAAUCCGAAUGUACCUAGUUAUGGAAAUGUUUAAUUUAGUGGGCUUGGGCUACACUGUCCCUUUGUCUCAGUGGCUAUUUCCUUUUCUAGAGGAAAAACUAUGCAUAAACAGCCACAAUCUUUUAGAUUUCCAAUCGCUCAUACAUUGAUUUGAGGAAUAGGACUUGAUUGUUACAAGGUACUUACUUUAUCAUAAGCAAAAUACAUGUCAUUUGUUUUGUCAUAGGACAUAGCUUCAAAUCCGGUUUAAAAACAUUAAUGGAAUGUAAUUUCUUGAAAAUUAAACGCACUUUGCAUGUUAAAAUGUCAUGUGAUGCACCUUGGAAUA